GUUUAAUUGCAGCCAUAAAUAAGCUCAUCCUGUAUAUAGUUUCUAGAAGAAAAAAAAAAGAAAUUAAAAUUUUGGGUGUUUACAGUCACGUUCAAUAUUUUUUUUAAAAGAGAGAGAGAGGCACAGAGCCAGAAGAUUGAAAUUGUGUAUGUGGUGUUCUUAUCAGACCAAACGAUAUAUAACAAAUCACAUAACUAUUGCCAUCAAGCAUAUCCACGUCGUUAUCAUUAGAUACAUCCAUAUCACCCUAGACCAUUCUGGUAGUAUAUCCCCAUGUCACUAUCCAUACAGAACAGAACGUUUGAGUUCCAACAAUGUGUUACUUCAUAUGAUAAGAUAAAUCGAAAACAAAAUAUUAUUCCAAAAGCAAACUAUAAUAAUGGUAAUGUAAUCCCAGCUAAGAAAUCAAAGUUCAGUGAACAAGCCAGUAUAAUAGCUAGAGAUAUUGUUCAUGUCACUGAACUAUUGAGUAAGUUGUCAUUAUUGGCGAAGAGAAAGCCAUUGUUUGAUGAUAAACCAGUUGAAAUAGGAGAACUUACUUAUGUUAUUAAACAAGAUAUCUUUAAGAUUGAACAAAGUAUACAAAACUUACAUAAGUUUGUUAAAGGAGAUAGUAGUAUUCAAGUUGAUUCCCAAAUAUCGCAAUUUUCUAAAAAUGUAUUAAAUCUUUUAAAUUCCAAAAUGAAGAAUGUUAGUGGAGAAUUUAAAAGUGUAUUAGAAAUUAGACAAAAGAAUGAAAUCAUGAAUAAAAGUAGAACUGAAAACUUUUUAUCAUCAGCUAGUAAUCAUCGUACUAGUAAUAAUCCAUCUCCAAUGGUGAGUGAAUCUCCAUUAUCAAAUUUAGGAGAAAAUCCUUAUUUACCAAGAGGUAAUCAAUUAACCCCCUUACCUUAUGAUGCAGAUAUGGAUCCUGAUAUUUCGGUACCUUAUCUUAAUGGAGGAUCUGAUGGAGGUCAAUAUUUAUCUAUUCCAAAUCAAACCCAACAAUUAUUAUUAUUAGAAGAACAAAGUGGAGGUCAAUAUUUACAACAAAGAAAUAGAGCAGUUGAAACCAUUGAAUCCACCAUUAAUGAAGUAGGUAAUCUUUUCCAACAAUUGGCCACCUUAGUCAGUGAACAAGGAGAACAAAUUCAAAGAAUUGAUGAAAAUAUUGAAGAUACCAGUUUAAAUAUUACUGGUGCUCAACGUGAAUUAUUAAAAUAUUAUGCUCAUAUAACAAGUAAUAGAUGGUUGUUUUUAAAAAUCUUUGGUGUAUUAAUAAUAUUUUUCUUACUUUGGGUCUUAGUUAGUUAGCCUAGUUUAGUUUAAUUUCAAUCUGCUAGCAUACCCUAUACUUAUAAUGUAUAUUUUAUUCAUAGUUAAUAAUAAUAAUAAUUGUGUUAUGCUUGGUCUGGUCGUGUGAGAGUGUUCAAAAUAAUCCAAAAAAGAAAUUUCUGAUGAUUAAAAGGAAACCACGAAACUUAUUAGCCAUAUCAGUAAUCUUAUACCAAAUUCAAGUUAAUCAUCAAUAGAUCAUUUGAUUAAGGAUAUAUUAUAUCAAU